UCCAGGCAGGCGCAGACACCUCCACACACUGAGCAGAGGCUUGCGGUGCAGUUUAUGUGGCGGCCGGGACCAGAUCUUUUAAAAUCAUGCUGGAUUGACUGCAAAUAGGCAACUACAAUCAAUGGCUUGGCUUUGAAAUCGUUCAAAAUUUAUUGGAAAGGACUGUGAGAUAGAGCGACAGUGAGAGAGUGGGAGAGAUAGGGUGAGAAGCGAGGGAGAGAGCGAGAGAGUGGCGAGAGGGGUGGAAAUAAAGAUCCUUUUAAUGAUGGAGCUUACAAUGGAAAACAUUGGAAAUCUGCACGGUGUAUCUCAUUCCCAUCAAACAAGCGACUUAAUGAACUCCCCACACGCGCGCCAGUCGACGGCGUCGCAUCGGAACUUGGUGUCGCACGGACGAUCAGCCAUGGUGUCCAGCAUGGCCUCGAUACUGGAGGGAGCAGGGGACUACCGCACGGACCACGCUUUGUCUGGACCCCUGCAUCCGGCAAUGACCAUGUCGUGCGACUCCGGAAUGAGCCUGAGCAGCACCUACACCACUUUGACGCCGCUGCAGCACCUGCCCCCCAUAUCCACCGUUUCGGAGAAAUUUCACCAUCCACACCCACAUGCUCACCAUCAUCCGGCGCACCAGCGACUCGCAGCCGGGAACGUUAGCGGCAGGCUGGACGACCGAAGCCUCGCCUCCAUGAGUAACCUCUACGGCCACUAUCCCAAAGAUAUGUCCGGCAUGGGGCAGCCUCUCUCCCCUCUGUCCAACGGUCUCGGGUCUUUGCACAGCUCCCAGCAGACUCUCGGCGCCUACGGUCCAGGAGCUCACCUCUCCAACGACAAGAUGCUGUCCUCGGGGGGCUUCGAGUCCCACGCAGCCAUGUUGUCCCGGGGGGAGGAGCACCUGGCCCGGGGUCUCGGGGGCCACGGGGCCGGGCUCAUGACAUCCUUGAACGGCAUACACCAUCACAGCCAUCCGCACUCUCAGGCAAACGGGUCCAUGCUGUCAGACCGGGACAGGCAGACAAUAGUGGGAGGCGGGCAGGGAGCAGGGUCAGGGCAGGUAGAGGAGAUAAACACCAAGGAGGUGGCACAGCGAAUAACAGCAGAGCUCAAGCGCUACAGCAUCCCCCAGGCCAUUUUUGCUCAGAGGAUCUUGUGCCGGUCCCAGGGAACUCUCUCUGACCUGCUGAGGAAUCCUAAACCGUGGAGUAAACUCAAGUCUGGCCGGGAGACGUUCAGAAGGAUGUGGAAGUGGCUCCAGGAGCCCGAGUUCCAGCGGAUGUCAGCGCUCAGGCUUGCAGCCUGCAAGCGCAAAGAACAGGAGCAACACAAGGACCGCAACACGGCGCCCAAAAAACAGCGUCUAGUCUUCACUGACCUGCAGCGCCGCACACUCAUUGCCAUCUUCAAGGAGAACAAGCGUCCAUCCAAGGAAAUGCAGAUCACUAUCUCCCAGCAGCUUGGCCUGGAGCUCAGCACUGUCAGCAACUUCUUCAUGAAUGCGCGCCGCCGCUGUGUGGACCGCUGGCACGAUGAUCAUGGUACCAGUUCUGGGCAGCCGGGCACUUCUGCCACCACCUUCUCCAAGGCCUGAGAGGAGGAGAGGGCCUUCAGAGGGUCAGGGAGCAAGGUUGGAACAACAGCAACAUGGGAAAUGGGCUGUGAAACCUGUCUAUAACAACCCCACUUGGCCCAGGCCAUCUGAAUGUGUCCUCUGCCCAAAAAUCCUUUGUGCCAUGCAGUCAUCAUUUUUGUCAGUCAAAAUUUCAAGUUCUCACCUGAAGGAAGCAGAAAUCUAAAGGUGAAUUGUGAAGUCAGGUCCACUCACAUUACUCACACAAGGACAAUCAUUGAUCCUGUCUUUUUUUGAAAGAAAAUCAUUUUUAUGGCAUCUGACAAAGUAAAGAGAUACCAAAGAUUUGAUGUUUUUGUUGUAAGGUAUUUGAAUUAUUCCGGGCCUCCUUCCUUCACCAGCCCUGUAGCCACUGAUUCUGCUUUUUCUCCUCAAUUUGCCUCAUUUGUGUCUGCCUCUUUACUCCCCCUCACAUCCCCUCUACGCCAGCACACGGAAGCAACAAGGGCAAAAGAACGGCAAUAAAUCUGACAACAGAACAGCACAGAGCCUUAAUACCAGAGCCCCAUCCGCUACACACAAGGCCAUCAAAAAGAAAACAACACAGCCUAUGAAAAAAACAACAAGGCUUCCAAUUUUCCAUGUGUACCUCCCCUCCUUCUGUAGUCUCCUUCAUUCCUCAGCCAAAGGUAUUCCCUGAUGGCCAGCCAUUUCAGAGAGCAGCUCAGGCUGAUCAUACAGCAAACUAAUGAAUUGAAAAAUGAAUCAAUGCAGACAGAGAGCGCAGA